CCGAACACGACUGACCCAAGAUGGCGGCCUCCUUCAAGCAGACGCAUGCGAUUUCUGCCCCACGUGUUGGCAAAAAACAGACCCCAGACGCGGCUUAUUGGGGUAAUUUCGAGUUCCCUGUGACCGUGAAGGAAUAUGGAGCGGUGUCGUGCGUGGAUUUUUGUCCGGUGGAGCCGCACUCGUUUGCAGUCACCGCUAGCGAUCGGGUGCAAAUCUACAACUCUAGAACAAACAAGGUUGAGAAGGUUCUGACCAGGUUCAAGGCGGCGGCUCACAGCGCCCGUUACCGUAGCGACGGGGAACUGCUGGUUGCCGGCGGCGAUGAGGGGCUGGUGAGAGUGUUCCACCUGGAGACCAAAACCAGCCUGAGAACUUUCACUGGGCACACCAGGUCUGUCCAUGCCACAUGUUUCAGCUCAGACAAGGUCCGAGUUGUAUCAGCAUCGGAUGACAAGUCCACCCGACUCUGGGACCUUGCUACAGGAGAGGCCGUACACACACUCACCGGACACCAGGACUAUGUACGGUCUCUCGCGGUCUGCAAAACCUCUGCUGACAUGUGGAUUACUGGAGGUUAUGACCACACCGUACGAAUGUGGGAUGGCAGAACCCAGGAGCCGACCCUGACCAUCGACCAUGGACACCCGGUGGAGGCAGUUCUCAUGUUUCCUCAUGGUAACAUGUUCCUGUCAGCUGGAGGGAACAGUGUGAAGGUUUGGGACGCUUUGGGUGGCGGUCGUCUCCUAGCAACCUGCACAAACCACCACAAGACGGUCACAUCUCUCGCUUUCAACUCCACAUGCUCACGGCUGCUGUCUGCAUCACUGGACAGACAUGUCAAGGUGUACGAUGUGGGAACCUACCAGUGUGUUGCGAGCCUGACCUACCCCUCUCCCAUCCUGAGUUUUGGGGUCUGCCCGAGUGAGGAUGUGAUGGCUGUUGGGUGUGCCGACGGGAUGUUGUCUAUUCAGCGCCGAAAACGGGAGGAUUCAGCCACAAAACUAGCGCUGAGGCAGAGGAAAAGGAGAGGGGCGACCAAUCGCAGGUACUACGGAAGAGGCGGUGACUACAGACCCGUCGUAGCCGACUACUCCGUGACUCACAAACAGAAAGAACAGCUCAAGAAGUUUGACAAACAUCUUAAGACAUUCAGCAGCACCAAGGCCCUGGAUGAAGCCUUGAAGCCGUGUUACCCAGCUGAAGUGACUGUCGGCGUGAUCCAAGAACUCAUCCGGCGGGGGUCCAUCAGGGAAGCACUCGCAGGCCGGGACGAGAAGGGUUUAGAACUGCUGCUAACGUUCCUCUGUCGUUGGACGUGUGAGGAAAAGUACUGCCGCGUGCUUCUGGAUGUUACAACGUUGGUUAUCGACAUGUACGCAUCGGUCGUGGGGCAGUCGGAAAAGGUGGACAGACUGCUGCAGAAACUUUUACGGUCGGUACAACGAGAGACAAAUCACCAGGAACAGCUCUUAAACACACUCGGAACACUGGAGACACUACUAGCAGCUGCACAGAGCACAAACUCCAGCUAACAAAUCACAUAAUUAUUUUUGCGUUGGUAGAAGUUAAGGAGAAUUUUCAGGUUCUUUUGUGUUGGUAGAAGUCAUGACUAUGUUAAACACUCUGGGAACGCUGGAGACACUACUAGCAGCUGCACAGAGUAC